AUGUUAUUAAAACAUGAAAGCGUGUAUGAAACAUGUUUCCUCGCGAUUGAGAAACCUACUAUUAAUACUCCUCGUCUAACCAAAAUUCAAUACGAUUUUCAGCUUGAAACAACUGAAGAAAAAGUCCUUAGAGAGGAACAUCGUGAUUCUGUUAAAAAAGGUUUUCUUCAUGCUUGGAGUGGUUACUCUAAAUAUGCAUGGGGUUAUGAUGAACUUUCUCCGGUUAGCAACAAUGGGAAAAAUAAGUUUAAUGGGUGGGGUGCAACAAUUGUUGAUAAUUUAGAUACUAUGUGGAUAAUGGGUUUAAAAGAUGAAUUUAACAAAUCCAGAGAAUUUGUGAGCAAAUUGAAUUUUAUAAAUAGCGAUGGUCAGACCAAUGUAUUUGAGACUAUAAUUAGAUAUUUGGGUGGUUUAAUAAGUGCUUUUGAAUUUUCGAAAGAUCCUCUUUUGUUGGAGAAAGCAAAAGAAUUAGGAAAUGCUUUGGUAAUUUCCUUUAAUAGUACCACCGGACUACCUUAUAAUGAUGCAUAUCUUAAUCCUGACAAAUGGAUUGAUCAUCCUCCUUCAGGAGGUGGUUUGCUUUCUGAAGUGGGAACAUCAUGCUUGGAAUACACAAAAUUAGCACAAUUAACGGGUGAUCGUAAAUUCUUCACUAUGGUUAAUAAUAUCAUUAAAGUUCUUCACAAUGCUAAUAAAUCAAUUCCAGGGCUAUAUCCUGUUAAAAUCAAUCAAGGUUUAGUCACAAAUAUUUUAAAAUAUCUCAUCAAAAAAUAUGAGUUAGUCGAAGGCACUUUUGAUCAAUAUCGGGAAAUGUAUAUUGAAUCAAUUGAAAGCAUGUAUAAAUAUUUGAUCAAAGAAAGUCCGGUGAAAGAGCGUCCGGACCUAUUGUUCCUUGGGGAAUUAUACAAUGAUAAUAAUUUUAUUGGAAAAAUGGGUCAUUUGUCAUGUUUUGUUCCUGGAAUGUUAGCAAUAGGAUCGAAAAUUCUUGAUCGUCCAAAAGACCUUAAAACUGCAAUAAGACUAGCAGAAACAUGUUACUGGUUAAAUAGAAUCACAAAGACCGGAAUUGGUGCAGAGGAAGUUUGGUUUAACGUCGUGGAAAAAGAGAAUACGACAAACGAAGAGGAUUUUAAAAUUCACAAACGUGGUUAUGGUCUCCCAGAUGGAAUAAGUCAUUUGAGUCCAGUUUAUUCUCUACUAAGACCGG